AUGCCGCCACGCUCAGAGGUUAGCUCUGCUCAAACCUCCUUCCAAUGCGAGCACCCAGGAUGUAGUAUGAGUUAUCAACGGAAAGAACACUUAAACCGGCACAUCGUCAAUCAUCGUCAACGGGAGCGCUUCUCCUCGAUCUCCUACGUCGCCAUAUCCGGAACUACCAUCCAGAGAGAGAGCCUCCGCAGUCUCGAGCGCGGCAGGCUUGCGGAGCCUGCCAUGCUCGAAAGGAACGGUGUGACGGGGGAUACCCAUGUAAUCGAUGUCAGCAGCGAGGAGCUCCCUGUCCACGUCCUCAGGAGGCGGGUCGUGGCGACAGCAAAUCCCAAGAGACUCAAACGCAGUCAAUGGUAUAUCUCGGAUUCGACGAACGGCCGCAACCAUGACACCCCCUGGCCCAUGGCGACCUACCAGAGUAUCCUUCUACAGCUUAUCUUCGCUCUACUUGUGGCCAAACAAGAGACCUCUCUUAAUUUGAACAUGCGUUUUCAACUGAAGGAUUCUACAUAUGAACUCCUCACAUCACUCGUGGAAACCUGUCGCCGGCUUGGUUUGUUCUACUAUCCGAAUAUGCUUGCUCAGCACCACUCCUCUGCCCCGAUAGCGCUCAUAUGGGUGAACGUGGAGGAGAUCAAGCGUUUUGGAUUGGCGUUAUAUAAGAUUUGUCGGCUCUGUACUCGGAGCGCGUCGACCGAGAGGGAUGGUAGCGACAAGCCAAGUGAGCUUCUAACUCUGGCAGACCUGGACUUUUGCAUGCCGGAUAGCGAUGAAAUGUGGAACGCUCCGUCGAGUACGGGAGUUGAAUUAAUCCGAAGUAGUGCUCUUCAACGGGAAUGCAGGGAUAAUCGUGAUCCGGACAACUGGAUAUCCCAGGCAUCGGGGAAAUUGUGCGAUUCUGGGGUCGGUAUUGACUGGAUAUAG